AUGGAGCUCGCAGUUGGACCACCCUCCAGGAUUGCGGCUGGACUGGCGCUUCAAUCACCCAUCGUUGUGACAUUCUCGCCUACCAAGCCGAACGAGAGUAAGGCGGAGGACCAGAGUGACAACGGCGGCGAAAUCAUGGAAACAAUGAUGAGCGCCGACUUCAAUGGAGUCUGGGCGCUGCUGUCUCUUACGACACCUCAGAUGGACCAGAGCUUGGCGCCGCCACGAACAGAUCUGCUCCGUGGUAGAACGGCGGAUUCUAUCCAUCCUGUCAGUCAAGAGCAGGAAGGAGAUAGUCCUACACUCGCAUACGCAACCUUUUCAGACAUUACCAUAACCCAACCGGGACAAUACAGACUCAAGGUGUCCAUCAUCGACAUGAAUAGGUAA